UACAGUCGAUGACGGAUGUCUUUGCGAAGGUCUCUGGUCCUCAAGGUCUGAGAGCGCGAUCACAUGAAUGAUAGAACAAAACAAUUUUUGUACAUCCUCCAGUGACUCUCCCAAGGAGAAGAUGUCAUCACGUUCAACUAGAUCUAGAGAAAGAAGAGACAAUGAGUCCAACUCAGAAGAUAACAGUUCAGAAACCUCCAAUCAAGAGCGCCGAAGGCGUCGCCACGGCCCGCCCCGUCCUCCCUAUCCACCUCUUUUACCCCCCGUGUUCCCUCCCCCACCCCCCCCACCUCAAGUCCGUCGGACCAGGGGGCUUCAGGAUCUGGGAGCUAUGAAAAGUGUCUGCCCAGGCACUUCCGGUUUUUCUUCCCCCAAUCCCUCUGCUGCUUCUGCUGCUGCUCAGGAGGUCAGAUCUGCCACUGAUGGUAAUACCAGCACCACUCCGCCCACCUCUGCCAAGAAGAGAAAGUUAAACAGCAGCAGCAGUAGCAGCAGUAGCAGUAGUAACGAGAGAGAAGACUUUGAUUCCACCUCUUCCUCUUCCACCCCUCCACAACCUAGAGAUUCGGCGUCCCCUUCAACCUCGUCCUUUUGCCUCGGGGUUCCAGUGGCCACUUCCAGCCACGUACCGAUACAGAAGAAACUGCGUUUUGAAGACACCCUGGAGUUUGUAGGGUUUGAUACGAAAAUGGCUGAGGAAUCUUCCUCCUCAUCUUCCUCAUCUUCGCCAACUGCUGCAACCUCACAGCAGCAGCAACUUAAAAAUAAGAGUAUAUUAAUUUCUUCUGUGGCUUCAGUGCACCAUGCAAACGGCCUGGCUAAAUCAUCUACCACGGUCUCUAGCUUUGCUAACAGCAAGCCUGGUUCUGCUAAGAAGUUAGUGAUCAAGAACUUUAAAGAUAAGCCUAAAUUACCAGAAAACUAUACAGAUGAGACAUGGCAGAAGCUAAAAGAAGCAGUGGAAGCUAUUCAGAAUAGUACUUCAAUUAAGUACAAUUUAGAAGAACUCUACCAGGCUGUAGAAAACCUUUGUUCUUACAAGAUUUCUGCAAAUUUGUAUAAGCAGCUGAGACAGAUCUGCGAAGAUCACAUUAAAGCACAGAUUCAUCAAUUCAGAGAGGAUUCAUUGGAUAGUGUUCUUUUUCUAAAAAAGAUUGACAAAUGCUGGCAAAAUCAUUGUAGGCAAAUGAUAAUGAUCAGGAGCAUUUUUUUGUUUCUGGAUAGAACUUAUGUUCUUCAGAAUUCAAUGCUACCCUCCAUUUGGGACAUGGGACUAGAAUUAUUUAGGGCUCAUAUUAUAAGUGAUCAGAAAGUCCAGACAAAAACAAUCGAUGGCAUCCUUCUCUUGAUUGAGAGAGAGCGGAAUGGCGAAGCAAUUGAUAGAAGUUUACUUCGAAGCCUUUUAAGUAUGCUGUCUGAUUUGCAAAUUUACCAAGACUCUUUUGAACAACGAUUUUUGGAGGAAACUAACAGGCUUUAUGCAGCUGAAGGUCAAAAGUUAAUGCAAGAAAGAGAGGUUCCUGAGUAUCUUCAUCAUGUUAAUAAACGCCUAGAAGAAGAAGCAGACAGACUUAUUACUUACUUAGAUCAGACCACCCAGAAGUCGCUAAUUGCUUCUGUUGAGAAACAACUUCUAGGUGAACACUUAACAGCAAUUCUUCAGAAAGGUUUAAAUAAUCUCCUUGAUGAAAACAGAAUUGAAGAUUUGUCUCUGCUGUAUCAGCUCUUCAGUAGAGUUCGAGGUGGAGUUCAGGUUCUCUUACAACAGUGGAUUGAGUAUAUUAAGGCUUUUGGAAGUACUAUUGUUAUUAAUCCUGAAAAAGAUAAAACCAUGGUUCAAGAAUUGUUGGACUUUAAAGAUAAAGUUGACCAUAUAAUUGAUACCUGCUUUAUGAAAAAUGAAAAAUUUAUCAAUGCUAUGAAAGAAGCAUUUGAAACAUUCAUUAAUAAAAGACCAAAUAAGCCAGCUGAGCUAAUAGCGAAGUAUGUGGAUUCAAAACUUCGUGCAGGCAACAAAGAAGCUACAGAUGAAGAGCUUGAGAAAAUGUUGGAUAAAAUAAUGAUUAUAUUUAGAUUUAUCUAUGGCAAAGAUGUUUUUGAGGCCUUCUAUAAGAAAGAUUUAGCCAAACGCCUAUUAGUUGGCAAGAGUGCAUCUGUAGAUGCUGAAAAAUCAAUGCUGUCCAAACUGAAACAUGAAUGUGGAGCCGCAUUCACCAGCAAGCUUGAAGGGAUGUUUAAAGACAUGGAGCUUUCUAAAGACAUCAUGAUUCACUUCAAACAGGUAAAAUAUAUGCAGAACCAGAACGUACCUGGCAAUAUUGAAUUAACUGUGAAUAUCCUGACAAUGGGUUACUGGCCAACAUAUGUGCCAAUGGAAGUCCAUUUGCCACCAGAGAUGGUAAAGCUUCAGGAAAUUUUCAAGACAUUUUACUUAGGCAAACACAGUGGCAGGAAACUCCAGUGGCAGUCAACUUUGGGACACUGUGUGCUAAAAGCUGAAUUUAAAGAGGGCAAAAAAGAACUUCAGGUCUCUCUUUUUCAAACCCUGGUGCUGCUAAUGUUUAACGAAGGGGAGGAAUUCAGUUUAGAAGAGAUUAAGCAAGCUACUGGGAUAGAGGAUGGAGAAUUAAGGAGAACACUGCAGUCACUAGCCUGUGGCAAAGCUAGAGUUCUGGCUAAAAAUCCAAAGGGCAAAGAUAUCGAAGAUGGUGACAAAUUCAUUUGUAAUGACGACUUCAAACACAAACUCUUCAGGAUAAAGAUCAAUCAAAUCCAAAUGAAAGAAACGGUUGAAGAACAAGCAAGCACUACAGAAAGAGUAUUUCAAGAUAGACAAUACCAAAUUGAUGCUGCGAUUGUCCGAAUUAUGAAGAUGAGAAAAACACUUAGCCACAAUCUUCUUGUUUCAGAGGUCUACAAUCAGCUAAAAUUUCCAGUAAAACCUGCAGAUCUAAAGAAGAGAAUAGAAUCUCUAAUUGACCGGGACUACAUGGAAAGAGAUAAAGAAAAUCCAAAUCAGUACAACUAUAUUGCAUAGAAUGUUGGCCUUGGAACAUUUGUUGUCAUAUGCUGUAGCCAAUGGAUAAACUAACUUGUUGAAUCUCAUAUUAUUUGACUUCUUUUAUACUUCCAAUGACCAAAUGAAGCAGUGUAAUGGAAAUAGUUGUGUGGACUUUUCUCAGUGGUUAACAUGCCCAUUUUAAAGAGUAAUACUUAACCUUUAAGAAGAAUGUUGUUGAACUCUUUGCAUGUUAUUUAGUAUGAUAUGCAGAAAACUCUUUAAGAAAGUACUCGGUCUUCAUGAUUCCUUUUGGAACUGGGGAAGAGACCCCUAUGGCCAUUAAAAAGGGGAGGGGGAUUCUUAUACAUCAUCAAUGAAGCAAAAGGUUUAUUUGCUUAAAAGUGACUUAAAGAUACUUAAACUGCAUGCAAACUUUAUUUACUGUACAGAGUUCUGGAUGUAUUUAUCAUAUAGAAAAACCACCCUGGACUUGGUUGUUCACCCAUUUUAUGGUUUCCCUUGAAAAGAAAAUUAAGUUGUUAUUGCUGUUGGCAUUCUGUUACACUGAAGGGAUUGGUUAAGAAACCUUAUUUGGAAACAAGUUUUUCAAGUAGGGUGGCAGUUACUUCCAUAAUACCUUAUAUAUUCACAUCCUAAAGUUUUCCAUUUAUGAGUAUGGGAUGUGUACAUAAGACUUAGCUCCAAAUUUACUGUGCUGAUUAACAGGUACUUAUUAAAAUAGAUAAAAUAGAAAAAUUACUGAUCAUCUCAUACUAGAAGAACAUAGUAAAAGGGGGAAAUCCAGUUCUUUUUAUUAAAAAUGAAUACAGUAUGAAAAUCACAGGAGACCAAAAUCAACCUGUUUUGUAAAUUUCAGGAGCAAAAAUCACCAGCUACAUUUCAUCAUGCUUCAGUCUUUAAAUGUUGUUUGCAUCGUUUUGUCUUUAACUUGGGCCAGUUGUCAACUGUUAGAGGCUUCCUAGGAUUUGCAUUCCAGUGUUUUCUACUGAAGUGUUUUUUUAUUUUUUGGAAGCAUCUCUUCUCUUUGUUGGUAAACAAAGAUUUUACUUUCAUCCACCUCCUGGCUUGGAGAAACUCUACAUAUGGUUCUCCCUUGUCUCACUUACACACUCCUUAUUUGAAAAUGUCAAGUUCUCUAUUUUUUUUUUUAAUUGCUUGAAUUUAAGAGUUCUCAUAGCCACUGGACACCUGCUUUUCAGGGAAUUGUCCCCAAAUUGUUCACACACACACAGAAUAACAAAAGUAUUGUUCUUCUAAUUCAGAAUGUGAGUAAAAGACUUCUCUUCAUCACCAGAGGUUUUGCUUUGCUUCCUGGUUUCUUUUUCUAUGAAGGGAAUUGAUUAUGGGAGAGAAGCAGACAGUUUUAGUGUUUGCUUUUAAAUUAGGACUUCUUCAGUGCUUUAUCCAGCAGCAUAUUUUCUUAUCUUUCUGGAGCCAGUUAGGGGCAUUACUUAGACCUGAACCUUCAGCUUAGGAGAUUUGGGACUCUAUGUCUACUAUUGUUGGUUCUCUUGAAUUCUCAAAGACCUGUGGCCAGCUGUCUGUAUUUUUUUAAGUUGCCCAUUUCUCUAAUGCAUCAACUUGCACACUGUUUGACUAUAUAUUAAUAUUUAUAAUUAGCUUCCCAAUUUUUUUCGAGCAGCUAUUUCGUAUAUUUUUGUCCAGCUCCUCUCCGAUUUCCUUACAGGAGCUCUUCUGACAAGGAAAUGUGGCUGUUACAUUUACUGGACCAUCAGCAUCAGUGUUCUGAUUAAUCCUUGUUGGUCUCUGGGAUAUGGAGACUAUUACACCACUCACUAGUUACUCUAAGGAAUAUUUAGGUAAAGUUGUUGCUACUAGGAGGCUCUUGAUACCACAUUCAUUAUCUUGAGAGUGGGUCCCUUUUCUGGGGUUCUUAAUUCUUGGAAAAUUUGAUGCUGUUUCAGCUGAAAAACUAACCAGACUAUUAAGGGAAGCUGGUUAAGAAACUGAAAAGUAAUGGCAAACUACAUUGCAUAAUUGUGAGUUUCAGUUGUUCUGUAUCAGUUGAAUUUUUGUGCUUUUAUUCCCUUGUGUAUGUGGUGGUUCUAUUUUUCUCCAAUAAAACUUUUAUUUUAAAAA